UCUCCUUUUCAUUUACAGACAUAACCCUAAUUUGGUCUCUCACUCUAAGCCGAUAGAGAAUGGCUCCUCCACACAAGCUCUUCCUCCUCGCUAUUGCCUUCGCCAUCAUUGUCACCGCCACCACCGUACACGGUCGUCAUAAUGGUGCAAAAGAUAUCGUUCAUUCCUCCUGCGAACACGCGAGCUACCCAUCACUAUGCGUCCGUACUCUUUCAUCUUACUCCGGUCCAACCAUCACCAACCGCCGUGACCUAGCUCAAGCCGCCGUCAAAAUCAGCCUCUCCCACGCUCAAAGCGCCGCGAAGAAACUCACGGUGGUGCGAGACUCGGUGGGGAAGAAGAGGCAAGAGAAAGCGGCGCUUGUGGACUGUGUGGAGAUGAUUGGAGACUCGGUGGACGAUUUAAGCCGCACCCUCGGUGUUUUGAAGCACCUCCGUAUCUCUGGGGGUUCGUCUAAAGAGUUCCGGUGGCAGAUGAGCAAUGCACAGACGUGGGCUAGCGCGGCGCUUACCGAUGACGACACGUGUCUCGAUGGGUUUGAAGAGAUCGACGGUGAUAUCAAAACGGAGGUGAAACAGUGGAUGACGAAGGUGGCCAGGGUUACGAGCAACGCGCUUUACAUGAUCAACCAGCUAGAUGAGACACGUGGCAAACCCCACGACGUACAUCUUUGAUGUUAAUGCACUAGAUCGUUUAAUGGACGGUCGUGGUUGUAUGUUGGUUUUUUUAUUCGUGUGUUUUAAUUGUGAGAUUAUCUCUACUAAAAUGGAAAAUGAAUUUUGAAAUUAGACAAUUUCCUUUUUCGUAGUUCUGAUUAUGGAAUAUUAAAUAAAUGUUAUUUUAUCGUCUUUGUCACUAUAAGGUAUUAUGGAUCCGUUGAGAUUCGAUUGUAAGUGUGUGUUUGUUUUUAAUUUUUAUUCGUGUGUUUUAACUGUGAGAUUAUCUCUCUAAGAUAGAAAAUGAGUUUUGAAA